GUGCGCGCCGCGGCCCCCGGCCCAGCGCAGCCCAAGAUGGCGGCGGGCGGCGCGGGGGCCGCGGCCGGGCCCGGCUGGGACGUGGCCGUGCGGCCGCUGCUCUCCGCGUCCUACUCGGCCUUCGACAUGAAGGAGCUGCCGCAGCUGCUCGCCUCGGUCAUCGAGAGUGAAUCUGAAAUCCUGGACCAUGACAAGCAGUACGAGCCUUUCUACUCCUCCUUCAUUGCACUUUCCACACACUACAUCACUACUGUGUGUGGUCUCAUACCCAGAAACCAGUUGCAGUCAGUGGCAGCUGCCUGUAAAGUCCUGAUUGAAUUCUCCCUGCUGCGGCUUGAGAACCCAGAUGAAGCAUGUGCUGUUUCACAGAAACACCUCAUCCUGCUGAUCAAGGGGCUUUGCACGGGCUGCAGCCGCCUGGACCGCACAGAAAUCAUCACCUUCACAGCGAUGAUGAAAUCAGCCAAGUUGCCUCAGACUGUCAAAACCCUCUCUGAUGUUGAGGACCAGAAGGAAUUGGCCUCCCCGGUGAGCCCAGAGCUGAGACAGAAGGAAGUGCAGAUGAACUUCCUCAACCAAUUGACAUCAGUCUUUAACCCCAGAGUCUCGUCAUCACCAUCAAUCACAACAGAGACACAGGUGGAAGGAGAGGGCGAGGAUCAAGCUGCCACAGAUCAAACCUCUGCAACAAAGACCAAGAGCAUAUUCAUUGCUCAGAAUGUGGCCAGCCUGCAAGAACUUGGUGGCUCCGAGAAGCUGCUGCGCGUGUGCCUGAACCUGCCGUACUUCCUGCGCUACAUCAACCGCUUCCAGGACGCCGUGUCCGCCAACUCCUUCUUCAUCAUGCCAGCCACCGUGGCCGACGCCACGGCCGUGCGCAACGGGUUCCACUCGCUGGUGAUCGAUGUCACCAUGGCUCUGGAUACUCUGUCCCUGCCCGUGCUGGAGCCCCUGACACCCACGCGUCUUCAGGAUGUGACUGUUCUUGCUCUUAGCUGUCUCUAUGCAGGUGUGAGCGUGGCCACCUGCAUGGCCAUCCUGCAUGUGGGCAGCACCCAGCAGGUACGAACCGGGUCAACGAGCUCCAAAGAAGAAGAUUAUGAAAACGAUGCUGCUACUAUUGUACAGAAAUGUCUUGAAAUCUAUGAAAUGAUAGGACAAGCCAUCAGCAAUUCACGCCGUGCAGGGGGGGAGCAUUAUCAGAACUUCCAGCUGCUCGGGGCUUGGUGUUUGCUGAACAGCCUCUUCCUCAUCUUGAACCUCAGCCCCACGGCCUUGGCUGAUAAGGGGAAGGAGAAGGAUCCCUUGGCUGCUCUUCGCGUCAGAGACAUCAUUGCUCGCACUAAGGAGGGCGUGGGGUCUCCCAAACUGGGACCUGGGAAAGGGCAUCAAGGGUUUGGGGUGCUGUCAGUGGUGCUGGCAAAUCAUGCCAUCAAAUUGCUGUCAUCUCUUUUCCAAGAUCUGCAGGUGGAGGCAUUGCACAAGGGCUGGGAGAGUGACGGCCCUCCAGCAGUGCUGGAUAUCAUGGCUCAGAGCACAUCCAUCCAGAGGAUCCAGCGGCUCAUAGACUCUGUGCCACUCACUAAUCUGCUGCUGACUCUGCUCUCCACUUCCUACAGAAAGGCCUGUGUCCUGCAGCGCCAGAGGAAGGGCUCCAUGAGCAGUGAUGCCAGUGCCUCCACUGACUCCAACACCUACUACGAGGAUGACUUCAGCAGCACUGAGGAGGACAGCAGCCAAGAUGACGACAGUGAGCCAAUCCUGGGGCAAUGGUUUGAAGAGACAAUCUCUCCCAGCAAGGAGAAAGUGGCUCCACCACCACCCCCUCCACCCCCUCCUCUGGAGAGCUCACCGAGGGUGAAGAGCCCCAACAAGCAGAGCGCUGGGGAGAACGGGAACAUCUUGGCCAGCCGCAAGGACCCCGAGCUGUUUUUGAGCCUAGCUUCAAACAUUUUGAACUUUAUCACUUCUUCUAUGCUGAACUCCAGGAAUAACUUCAUUCGCAACUACCUGAGCGUGUCCCUGUCGGAGCAGCACAUGGCCACGCUGGCGAGCAUCAUCAAGGAGGUGGACAAGGAUGGCCUGAAGGGCACAUCAGAUGAGGAGUUUGCUGCUGCUCUGUAUCACUUCAACCAUUCCUUGGUGACCUCAGAUCUUCAGUCCCCUGCCCUGCAGAACACACUUCUCCAGCAGCUGGGAGUUGCCCCUUUUUCUGAAGGUCCGUGGCCUCUCUACAUCCACCCUCAAAGUCUGUCUGUGCUGUCCCGACUCCUCCUGAUUUGGCAGCAUAAAGCCACUGCCCAGGGAGAUCCUGACGUUCCAGAGUGCCUUAAAGUCUGGGAAAGGUUUGUGGGCACCCUGAAGCAAAACGCCUUGCAGGGGACUCUCCCCAGUGACACAGAAGAUCUGAACGUGGAGCAUCUCCAGCUGCUGCUGCUCAUUUUCCACAAUUUCUCAGAGAGGGGCCGCAGAUCCAUCAUGAUGCUCUGUAUCCAGACCAUUGUGGAGCUGACAGCAAACAUGGAGACCCAGCAGUGUUCUGUGCCCCUCAUCGUGGCACGGCUGCUGCUGGUGUUUGACUACCUGCUCCACCAGUAUUCCAAGGCCCCUGUGUACCUGUUCGAACAGGUACAAUAUAAUUUGCUGACUCCACCCAUUGGCUGGGUGAGUGGAUCCCAGGACAGCAGCAGACGGACAUCUGUCCCACUUUAUCAUGGCUUUAAAGAAGUGGAAGAAAACUGGACCAAACACUGUUCAUCAGACUCUGCUCCACAGCCCAGGUUCUACUGCAUCCUGUCUCCAGAGGCUUCUGAGGAUGAUCUGAACCGUCUGGAUAGCACGGUGUGUGAGGUCCUUUUCUCCAGGACUACAAAGUACGACGAGCUCUACACAGCCCUCACCUCAUUACUGGCUGCUGGCUCCCAGUUUGAUACACUCAGGAGGAGGGAGAACAAAAAUGUCACUGCACUGGAAGCCUGUGCCCUUCAGUACUACUUCCUGAUCCUGUGGCGGAUCCUGGGGAUUUUGCCUCCCUCCAGAAGCUACAUGCACCAUUUGGCCAUGAACACCCCUGAGAUGAGUGACUGUGACCUCCUGCACACCCUGCGCUGGUCCUCCCGCCUGCAGAUCCCGUCCUACGUUGUGUGGAUCAAGGAUCACCUUAUCAAGCAGGGCAUGAAGGCUGAGCAUGCUGCUCCUCUCAUUGAACUGACCUCCAGCAAGUGCAUCUCUGUGAAGUACGACGUGGAAAUAGCAGAGGAAUACUUUGCUCGACAGAUCUCUUCUUUCUGUGCUGUCGACUGCACAACCAUUCUCCAGCUGCAUGAAGUCCCCAGUUUACAAUCCAUUUACACCCUUGAUGCUGCCAUCUCCAAGAUCCAGGUUUCUCUAGAUGAGCACUUUUCCAAGUCAGCUGCAGAAACUGAUCCCCACAAGUCCUCAGAGAUAACCAAGAACCUCCUCCCUGCUACGCUGCAGCUCAUUGACACUUAUGCUACUUUUACCAGGUCCUACCUGCUGCGGAGCCUCUCGGAGGAGGCGUCCUCGGACAGCAGAGCCUCCGAGGAGAAGCUGCGGGGCUACGCCGCCGUCCUGGCCAUCGGCUCCGGCCGCUGCAAGCCCAACACUCUGGGUCCAACCCUUGUCCAGAACUUGCCAUCAGCUGUGCAGACCCUGUGUGAAUCCUGGAACAACAUCCACACCAACGAGUUCCCCAACAUCGGUUCAUGGCGCAACGCCUUUGCCAACGACACCAUCCCUGCAGAAAGCUACAUCAGUGCCGUGCAGGCUGCCCACUUGGGCACCCUCUGCAGCCAGAGCCUGCCCCUGGCAGCCUCCCUCAAGCACACCCUGCUGUCCCUGGUCAGGCUCACUGGGGAUCUCAUCAUCUGGUCAGAUGAUCCCAACCCGCCCCAGGUGAUCCAUUCCCUGCUGCCCCUCCUUCUGGAGACCAGCACAGAGAGUGUGGCAGAAAUCAGCAGCAACUCCCUGGAGAGGAUCUUGGGCCCGGCGGACUCGGAUGAGUUCCUAGCACGUGUUUAUGAGAAGUUGAUCAUGGGGUGCUAUAACAUACUGGCCCGUCACUCUGACCCAAACAGUGGCCUGGAUGAGUCCAUCUUGGAGGAGUGUUUGCAGCAUCUGGAGAAACAGCUGGAGAGCAGCCAGGCCAGAAAAGCCAUGGAGGAAUUCUUUUCAGAAAGUGGAGAACUGGUGCAGAUCAUGAUGGCGACGGCCAAUGAGAACCUCUCGGCCAAGUUCUGUAACAGGGUGCUGAAAUUCUUCACCAAGCUCUUCCAGCUGACUGAGAAGAGCCCCAACCCCAGCCUGCUGCGCCUCUGUGGCUCCCUGGCCCAGCUGGCCUGUGUGGAGCCCGUGAGGCUGCAGGCCUGGCUGACCAGGAUGACCAUGUCCCCACCCAAGGAUUCGGACCAGCUGGACGUGGUGCAGGAGAACAGGCAGCUGCUGCAGCUCCUGACCACUUACAUUGUUCGGGAGAACAGCCAAGUGGGGGAAGGCGUGUGCACUGUUCUGCUCAGCACUCUGAUACCAAUGGCAACGGAGAUGUUGGCCAAUGGGGAUGGCACGGGCUUUCCUGAGCUGAUGGUCGUCAUGGCAACUUUGGCCAGUGCAGGACAAGGGGCGGGACACCUCCAGCUUCAUGGUGCUGCUGUGGACUGGCUGGGCAGAUGCAAGAAAUACCUGUCUCAAAAGAACGUGGUAGAGAAAAUGAAUGCCAACGUCAUGCAAGGGAAGCACGUGACAAUCCUGGAGUGCACGUGCCACAUCGUGUCCUACCUGGCCGAUGUCACCAACGCACUGAGCCAGAGCAGUGGGCAGGGCCCCAGCCACCUGUCUGUGGACGGCGAGGAGCGCGCCAUCGAGGUGGACUCGGACUGGGUGGAGGAGCUGGCCGUGGAGGAGGAGGACUCUCAGGCUGAGGAUUCGGAUGAAGAUUCUCUCUGUAAUAAACUUUGUACCUUCACCAUCACACAGAAAGAAUUCAUGAAUCAACACUGGUACCACUGUCACACUUGCAAGAUGGUUGAUGGGGUUGGUGUUUGCACAGUUUGUGCUAAAGUUUGUCACAAGGAUCAUGAGAUUUCUUACGCCAAGUACGGAUCCUUCUUCUGUGACUGUGGAGCCAAGGAGGAUGGCAGCUGCCUGGCACUGGUGAAGAGAACUCCCAGCAGUGGGAUGAGCUCUACCAUGAAGGAAUCAGCCUUCCAGAGCGAGCCCCGCGUGCCCGAGAGCGUCAUCCGCCACGCGAGCACGUCCCCGGCUGAGAAAGCCAAGGUCACCAUCAGUGAGGGCAAGGGCCCCGAUGAGGAAAAGCCCAAGAAGAGCAGCCUGUGCAGAAACGUGGAGGGCUGUCGAGAGGAGCUGCAGUCCCAGGCCAACUUCUCCUUUGCACCGUUGGUGCUGGAGAUGCUGAAUUUCCUGAUGGAUGCCAUCCAGGUCAACUUCCAGCAAGCUUCAGCCAUGGGGAGCAGCAGCCGUGCCCAGCAGGCUCUCAGCGAGCUCCACACUUUGGACAAAUCAGUAGAAAUGACGGAUCAGCUGAUGGUUCCCACCCUGGGCUCACAGGAAGGCGCCUUUGAGAACGUGCGCAUGAACUACAGCGGGGACCAGGGCCAGACCAUCCGGCAGCUGAUCAGCGCGCACGUGCUGCGCCGCGUGGCCAUGUGCGUGCUGUCCUCGCCCCAUGGCCGCCGCCAGCACCUGGCUGUCAGCCACGAGAAGGGCAAGAUCACAGUGCUCCAGCUCUCAGCCCUGCUGAAACAAGCCGACUCCAGCAAAAGGAAACUGACCCUCACCCGCCUGGCAUCGGCGCCCGUCCCGUUCACUGUGCUGAGCCUGACUGGGAAUCCCUGCAAGGAGGACUACCUGGCUGUGUGUGGGCUGAAGGAUUGCCAUGUGUUAACAUUCAGCAGCUCUGGAUCAGUCUCUGAUCAUUUGGUGCUUCAUCCCCAACUGGCCACUGGGAAUUUCAUCAUCAAAGCCGUGUGGCUGCCAGGAUCCCAAACAGAGCUGGCCAUUGUCACUGCAGACUUCGUGAAGAUUUACGACCUCUCAGUAGACGCCUUGAGUCCAACUUUCUACUUCCUCCUACCGAGUUCCAAAAUCAGGGAUGUCACUUUCCUGUUCAACGAGGAGGGGAAGAACAUCAUUGUGAUCAUGUCUUCUGCUGGCUACAUCUACACACAGCUCAUGGAGGAGGCCAGCAGUGCCCAGCACGGGCCCUUCUAUGUCACCAAUGUGCUUGAAGUCAACCAUGAGGACCUGAAGGACAGCAAUGGCCAGGUGGCAGGAGGGGGAGUGUCAGUCUAUUACUCCCACGUGCUGCAGAUGUUGUUCUUCAGCUACUGCCAAGGCAAAUCCUUCGCAGCCACCAUCAGCCGGGCCAGCCUGGAAGUGCAGCGGCUCUUCCCAAUUAACAUCAAGAGUUCCAAUGGUAGCAGUAAGACUUCUCCAGCCCUGUGUCAGUGGUCUGAGGUGAUGAACCACCCUGGCCUGGUGUGCUGUGUCCAGCAGACCACGGGUGUCCCACUGGUGGUGAUGGUGAAGCCAGACACCUUCCUCAUCCAGGAGAUUAAGACCUUGCCAGCCAAAGCAAAGAUCCAGGACAUGGUGGCCAUCCGUCACACGGCCUGCAACGAGCAGCAGAGGACCACCAUGAUCCUGCUGUGUGAGGAUGGCAGCCUGAGGAUCUACAUGGCCAACGUGGAGAACACGUCCUACUGGCUGCAGCCCUCUCUGCAGCCCAGCAGCGUCAUCAGCAUCAUGAAACCCGUGCGCAAGCGCAAGGCAGCCGCCAUCACAACUCGCACAUCCAGCCAGGUGAACUUCCCCAUUGACUUCUUUGAGCACAACCAGCAGCUCACAGAUGUGGAGUUCGGGGGCAAUGACCUGCUGCAGGUCUACAAUGCCCAGCAGAUAAAGCACCGCCUCAAUUCCACAGGCAUGUACGUGGCCAACACAAAGCCUGGGGGUUUCACCAUCGAAGUGACCAACAACAACAGCACGAUGGUGAUGACGGGCAUGCGCAUCCAGAUCGGCACGCAGGCCAUCGAGCGCGCGCCCUCCUACCUGGAGAUCUUCGGCCGCACCAUGCAGCUCAACAUGACCCGCGCCCGCUGGUUCGACUUCCCCUUCACCCGCGAAGAGGCCCUGCAGGCUGACAAGAAACUCACUAUCUUCAUUGGGGCUUCUGUGGAUCCUGCUGGAGUCACCAUGAUGGACUCCAUAAAAAUUUAUGGCAAAACCAAAGAGCAGUUUGGCUGGCCUGAUGAGCCUCCCGAGGACUUCCCGUCUGCUUCCGUGAGCAACGUUUGUCCCCCAAACCUCAACCAAGGGAAUGGCACUGGGGACACCGAGUCAGCUGCCCCUGCUGCUGCCAGUGGGACUGUUCUGGAGAGUUCUGACACUGAGUCCCUAACCACCCUGGACCGGCUAGUAGUGAGUUCUUUAGAAGCGCUGGAAAGCUGCUUUGCUGUGGGACCAGUCAACGAGAAGGAGAAGAAUAAGAUUGCAGCUCAGGAACUGGCUACUGUGCUGCUGUCCAUGCCAGCCCCUUCCAGCGUGCAGCAGCAGACUAAGAGCCUGCUGGCCAGCUUGCACACCAGCCGUUCAGCCUACCACAACCACAAGGAUCAAGCACUGCUAAGCAAAGCCAUUCAGUAUUUGACUUCCUCCACCAAAGAAGGAAAGGACCUGGAUCCUGAGGUAUUCCAGAGGCUGGUCAUCACUGCUCGCUCCAUUGCUAUUAUGAGACCCAACAAUCUGGUCCACUACACAGAAUCAAAGCUGCCACAGCUGGAAACAGAGAGUGAAGAAGGGCAGGAGGCCCAGAAACACGUGGAAGGAGAGGGCUGCACCUUCAUUACCCAGCUGGUGAACCACUUCUGGAAGCUCCAUGCAUCAAAACCCAAAAAUGCCUUCCUGGCCCCUGCCUGCCUGCCAGGUCUCACUCACGUUGAAGCCACAGUCAAUGCUUUGGUGGAUAUUAUCCAUGGAUACUGCACGUGUGAGCUGGACUGUAUCCAUACUGCAUCCAAGAUCUACAUGCAGAUGUUACUUUGCCCAGACCCAGCAGUAAGCUUUUCCUGCAAGCAAGCUUUGAUCAGGGUGCUGAGACCCCGGAACAAGCGACGACACGUGACCCUGCCAUCGUCCCCCCGCAGCAACACCCCCAUGGGAGAUAAGGAUGAUGAUGAUGACGACGAUGCAGAAGACAAGCUGCAGAGUUCUGGGAUAGCAAAUGGAGAGCACAUCCGACAGGAGAGCCAGGAGCAGAGUGAGGUGGAUCACGGGGACUUUGAGAUGGUGUCCGAAUCCAUGGUUCUGGAGACUUCUGAGAACGUGAAUAAUGGGAAUCCUUCUCCUCUGGAGGCUCUCCUGGCUGGAGCAGAGGGAUUCCCUCCGAUGCUGGAUAUCCCUCCAGAUGCAGAUGAUGAGACAAUGGUGGAGUUGGCUAUUGCCCUGAGCCUUCAACAAGAUCAGCAAGGGAGCAGCAGCAGUGCCCUUGGGCUGCAGAGCUUGGGACUGUCCGGCCAGGCUCCCAGCUCCUCCUCUCUGGACGCUGGAACACUCUCGGACACAACAGCAUCAGCUCUCUUUAUUCUCUUAGCUCCAGCCUCUGACGACGAGGGCAGCACAGCGGCCACGGAUGGCUCCACGCUGCGGACAUCGCCCGCGGAGCACGGCGGCAGCGUGGGCUCGGAGAGUGGCGGCAGCGCCGUGGACUCGGUGGCCGGGGAGCACAGCGUGUCCGGCCGGAGCAGCGCCUACGGGGACACCACGGCCGAGGGCCACCCGGCGGGGCCGGGCAGCGUCAGCUCCAGCACCGGAGCCAUCAGCACCACCACGGGCCAGCAGGAGGGAGAGGGCUCCGAGGGGGAAGGGGAGGCAGAGGGGGACGUCCACACCAGCAACAGGCUGCACAUGGUCAGGCUGAUGCUGCUGGAGAGGCUGCUGCAGAAUCUCCCACAGCUGAGGAAUGUGGGGGGGGUCCGGGCCAUCCCUUACAUGCAGGUUAUUCUGAUGCUCACAACAGACCUAGAUGGAGAUGAUGAGAAAGACAAGGGAGCUUUGGAUAACCUUCUGUCCCAGCUGAUUGCAGAGCUGGGCAUGGACAAAAAGGAUGUGUCCAAGAAAAACGAGCGCUCCCCUGUGAACGAGGUGCACUUGGUGGUGAUGAGGCUGCUCAGUGUCUUCAUGUCAAGGACCAAGUCAGGAUCCAAGACUUCCAUUUGUGAGUCUUCCUCCCUGAUCUCCAGUGCCACAGCAGCUGCCUUGCUGAGCUCUGGUGCUGUUGAUUACUGUCUGCACGUGCUCAAGUCCCUGCUGGAGUACUGGAAGAGCCAGCAGAAUGACGAGGAGCCUGUGGCCACCAGCCAGCUGCUGAAGCCUCACACCUCUUCCUCUCCCCCUGACAUGAGCCCCUUUUUCCUCCGCCAGUAUGUGAAGGGUCAUGCUGCAGAUGUUUUUGAGGCCUACACUCAGCUCCUGACAGAGAUGGUGCUGCGCCUGCCCUACCAGAUCAAGAAGAUUGCAGACACCAACUCCCGCAUCCCCCCGCCCAUCUUUGAUCACUCCUGGUUCUACUUUUUGUCUGAGUACCUGAUGAUCCAGCAGACGCCGUUCGUGCGCCGCCAGGUGCGCAAGCUGCUGCUGUUCAUCUGCGGCUCCAAGGACAAGUACCGGCAGCUGCGGGACCUGCACACGCUGGACUCGCAUGUGAGGGGCAUCAAGAAGCUCCUGGAGGAGCAGGGCAUCUUCUUGAGGGCCAGCGUGGUGACAGCCAGCUCAGGCUCUGCCCUGCAGUAUGACACCCUGAUCUCCCUGAUGGAACAUUUGAAGGCUUGUGCAGAGAUUGCCACGCAGAGAACAGUGAAUUGGCAGAAAUUCUGCAUCAAGGAUGACUCGGUUCUCUAUUUCCUGCUCCAAGUCAGCUUCCUGGUAGACGAAGGAGUGUCCCCAGUUCUCCUGCAGCUGUUGUCUUGUGCUCUGUGUGGCAGCAAAGUGCUGUCUGUGGCUUCAUCCUCUGGAGCUUCCAGCACCUCUUCCACCUCUGCUCCUGCAGCAUCAGGCUCCGGGCAGGCGGCAGCGCAGAGCAAAUCCUCCACCAAAAAGAGCAAGAAGGAGGAAAAGGAGAAGGAGCGAGAGGGUGAGGGUUCAGGCAGCCAGGAGGACCAGCUGUGCACAGCCCUGGUCAACCAGCUGAACAAGUUUGCUGACAAGGAGACCCUCAUCCAGUUCCUGCGCUGCUUCCUGCUGGAAUCCAACUCCUCCUCAGUGAGGUGGCAGGCCCACUGCCUGGCCCUGCACAUCUACAGGAACUCCAGCAAGUCCCAGCAGGAGUUACUGCUGGAUCUCAUGUGGUCCAUCUGGCCAGAGCUCCCGGCCUAUGGAAGAAAGGCUGCCCAGUUUGUAGAUCUCCUGGGAUAUUUCUCCCUGAAAACACAACAGACUGAGAAAAAGCUGAAGGAAUAUUCCCAAAAGGCCGUGGAGAUCCUCCGGACUCAAAACCACAUUCUCACCAACCACCCCAACUCCAACAUCUACAACACAUUGUCUGGGCUCGUGGAAUUUGAUGGCUACUACCUGGAGAGUGAUCCUUGUCUUGUCUGCAACAACCCCGAGGUGCCUUUCUGUUACAUCAAGCUCUCGUCCAUCAAAGUGGACACGCGCUACACGACCACACAGCAGGUGGUGAAGCUCAUUGGCAGCCACACCAUCAGCAAGGUGACAGUGAAGAUUGGGGACCUGAAACGAACCAAGAUGGUGAGAACCAUCAACCUCUACUACAACAACAGGACUGUGCAGGCCAUCGUGGAGCUGAAGAACAAGCCCGCACGCUGGCACAAGGCCAAGAAGGUGCAGCUGACACCGGGGCAGACGGAGGUGAAGAUCGAUCUGCCCCUGCCCAUCGUGGCCUCCAACCUGAUGAUUGAGUUCGCCGACUUCUACGAGAACUACCAGGCGUCCACCGAGACCCUGCAGUGCCCGCGCUGCAGCGCCUCCGUGCCCGCCAACCCCGGCGUGUGCGGCAACUGCGGCGAGAACGUCUACCAGUGCCACAAGUGCAGGUCCAUCAAUUAUGACGAGAAGGAUCCCUUCCUGUGCAAUGCCUGUGGCUUCUGCAAAUACGCCCGCUUCGACUUCAUGCUCUACGCCAAGCCCUGCUGCGCCGUGGACCCCAUCGAGAACGAGGAGGAUCGCAAGAAGGCAGUGACAAACAUCAACACCCUGCUAGACAAGGCUGACAGGGUGUAUCACCAGCUGAUGGGACACCGACCACAGCUGGAGAACCUCCUGUGCAAAGUGAAUGAGGCAGCCCCUGAGAAGCCCCAGGAUGAGUCUGGCAGCAGUGGAGGGAUCAGUUCUACCUCAGCCAGUGUGAACAGGUACAUCCUGCAGUUAGCCCAGGAGUACUGUGGGGACUGCAAGAACUCCUUCGAUGAACUUUCCAAAAUCAUCCAGAAAGUGUUUGCCUCCCGGAAGGAGCUGCUGGAGUACGACCUGCAGCAGCGCGAGGCGGCCACCAAGUCCUCGCGGAGCUCGGCGCUGCCCACGUUCACGGCCAGCCAGUACCGGGCGCUGUCCGUGCUGGGCUGCGGCCACACCUCCUCCACCAAGUGCUACGGCUGCGCCUCGGCCGUCACCGAGCACUGCAUCACCCUGCUGCGGGCCCUGGCCACCAACGGCGCCAUCCGCCACAUCCUGGUGGCCCAGGGGCUCAUCCGGGAGCUCUUUGACUACAACCUGCGCCGGGGCGCGGCCGCCAUGCGCGAGGAAGUGCGGCAGCUCAUGUGCCUCCUGACCAGGGACAAUCCAGAGGCCACACAGCAAAUGAAUGAUUUAAUCAUUGGGAAGGUUUCUGCAGCUCUGAAGGGACACUGGGCAAAUCCGGACUUGGCGAGCAGCCUCCAGUACGAGAUGCUGCUGCUGACAGACUCCAUCUCCAAGGAGGACAGCUGCUGGGAGCUGCGCCUACGCUGCGCUCUCAGCCUCUUCCUGAUGGCAGUGAACAUCAAGACUCCAGUGGUUGUUGAAAACAUCACCCUCAUGUGCCUGCGCAUCCUCCAGAAGCUCAUCAAGCCACCUGCUCCAACCAGCAAGAAAAACAAGGAUGUGCCCAUGGAUGCUCUCACCACUGUGAAGCCUUACAGCAAUGAAAUUCAUGCACAGGCUCAGCUGUGGCUCAAGAGGGACCCCAAGGCAUCAUAUGAAGCUUGGAAGAAGUGCCUCCCUGCCAGAGGUGCAGAUGCCAAUGGGAAAACUCCCAGCAAAGCUGAGCUUCACCAGCUCUACUUGUCAGAAAAAUACGUCUGGAAGUGGAAGCAAUUCAUGAGUCGCCGUGGGAAGAGAACUUGUCCUCUGGAUCUCAAGCUGGGACACAACAAUUGGCUGAGACAGGUGCUGUUCACUCCUGCCACCCAGGCUGCCAGGCAGGCUGCCUGCACCAUCGUGGAGGCCCUGGCCACCAUCCCCAGCAGGAAGCAGCAGGUCCUCGAUCUCCUCACCAGCUACCUGGAUGAGCUGAGCAUUGCUGGUGAAUGUGCUGCUGAGUACCUGGCCCUGUAUCAGAAACUCAUCAAACCUGCCCACUGGAAGGUCUACCUGGCAGCCAGAGGGGUUCUGCCCUACAUUGGCAGUCUCAUCACUAAGGAAAUAGCUCGUUUGCUGGCCUUGGAGGAAGCAACACUCAGCACGGAUUUGCAGCAGGGAUAUGCCCUGAAGAGCCUCACAGGUCUUCUCUCUUCCUUCGUGGAGGUGGAGUCCAUCAAAAGGCACUUCAAGAGCCGGCUGGUGGGCACGGUGCUCAACGGCUACCUGUGCCUGAGGAAGCUGGUGGUGCAGAGGACAAAACUGAUUGAUGAGACCCAGGACAUGCUGCUGGAGAUGCUGGAGGAUAUGACAACAGGCACAGAGUCAGAGACCAAGGCGUUCAUGGCCGUGUGCAUAGAGACUGCCAAGCGUUACAGCCUCGAUGACUACAGGACCCCAGUGUUCAUCUUUGAGAGGCUCUGCAGCAUCAUCUACCCUGAGGAGAAUGAAGUCACUGAGUUCUUUGUCACUCUGGAGAAAGAUCCCCAGCAGGAAGAUUUCCUGCAGGGCAGGAUGCCAGGGAAUCCCUACAGCAGUAACGAGCCUGGCAUCGGGCCCCUCAUGAGGGACAUCAAGAACAAGAUCUGCCAGGACUGUGACCUGGUGGCUCUGCUGGAGGAUGACAGUGGGAUGGAGCUUUUGGUGAACAACAAGAUCAUCAGUCUGGAUCUGCCUGUGGCUGAGGUCUACAAGAAGGUGUGGUGUCCCACAAAUGAGGGGGAGCCCAUGAGGAUCAUUUACCGCAUGCGGGGGUUACUGGGAGAUGCCACGGAGGAAUUCAUCGAGUCCCUAGACUCCACCACUGAUGAGGAGGAGGAUGAGGAAGAGGUGUAUAAGAUGGCAGGGGUGAUGGCCCCAUGUGGAGGCCUGGAGUGCAUGCUCAACAGACUGACUGGCAUCAAGGACUUCAAACAGGGCCGGCACCUCUUAACUGUGCUGUUAAAACUCUUCAGUUACUGUGUGAAGGUGAAAAUAAACCGGCAGCAGCUGGUCAAGCCAGAGAUGAACACUUUGAAUGUCAUGCUGGGGACUCUCAACUUGGCUCUGGUGGCUGAGCAGGAGAGCAAGGACAGUGGGGGAGCAGCAGUGGCAGAGCAGGUGCUCAGCAUCAUGGAGAUCAUUCUGGAUGAAUCCAACGCAGAGCCUCUGAGCGAGGACAAGGGCAACCUCCUCCUGACAGGGGACAAGGACCAGCUGGUGAUGCUGCUGGACCAGAUCAACAGCACCUUUGUGCGCUCCAACCUGAGCGUGCUGCAGGGGCUGCUGCGCAUCAUCCCCUACCUGUCCUUCGGGGAGAUGGAGAAGAUGCAGAUCCUGGUGGAUCGCUUCAAGCCCUACUGUAACUUUGAUAAGUAUGAUGAGGAGCACAGUGGAGAUGAUAAAGUUUUCCUGGAUUGCUUCUGUAAAAUAGCAGCAGGAAUAAAGAACAACAGCAACGGCCAUCAGCUGAAAGAUCUCAUCCUGCAGAAGGGGAUUACACAGAAUGCCCUGGAUUACAUGAAAAAGCACAUUCCAAGUGCAAAGAAUUUGGAUGCAGACAUAUGGAAGAGGUUCUUAUCUCGACCUGCACUUCCUUUUAUCCUGCGCCUGCUCCGAGGCCUCGCGACGCAGCACCCUGCAACACAGGUGCUAAUAGGAACAGACUCCAUCUCCAACCUGCACAAACUGGAGCAGGUGUCGAGUGAUGAAGGCAUUGGGACGUUGGCAGAGAACCUUCUGGAGGCUCUGAGGGAACACCCCGAGGUGAACAAGAAGAUUGACGCCGCGCGGAAGGAGACGCGCGCCGAGAAGAAGAGGAUGGCCAUGGCCAUGAGGCAGAAGGCCCUGGGCACCCUGGGCAUGACGACAAAUGAGAAGGGCCAGGUGGUGACCAAGACUGCGCUGCUUAAACAGAUGGAGGAGCUCAUAGAGGAGCCAGGACUGACCUGCUGCAUCUGCCGGGAGGGAUACAAGUUCCAGCCCACCAAGGUGCUGGGGAUUUACACGUUCACCAAGCGCGUGGCGCUCGAGGAGUUUGAGAACAAGCCCCGCAAGCAGCAGGGCUACAGCACCGUGUCCCACUUCAACAUCGUGCACUACGACUGCCACCUGGCAGCUGUCAGACUUGCUCGGGGCCGCGAGGAGUGGGAGAGUGCAGCCCUGCAAAAUGCCAACACCAAGUGCAAUGGGCUCCUGCCAGUGUGGGGGCCCCACGUGCCAGAGUCUGCUUUUGCCACGUGCUUGGCACGCCACAACACGUACCUGCAGGAGUGCACGGGGCAGAGGGAGCCCACGUACCAGCUCAACGUGCACGACAUCAAGCUGCUGUUCCUGCGCUUCGCCAUGGAGCAGUCGUUCAGCAUCGACACCGGGGGCGGCGGCCGCGAGAGCAACAUCCACCUCAUCCCCUACAUCAUCCACACCGUGCUCUACGUGCUCAACACGACCCGGGCGACCUCGCGGGAGGAGAAGAACCUGCAGAGCUUCCUGGAGCAGCCCCGCGAGAAGUGGGUGGAGAGCGCCUUCGAGGUGGACGGGCCCCACUACUACACCGUGCUGGCCCUGCACGUGUGUCCCCCGGAGCGGUGGCGGGCCAUCCGCGGGGACAUCCUGCGCCGCCUCCUCGUCACCGCCCACGCCCGCGUGGUGUCCCCGGGAGGGGCCAGCAGACUGGCAGACAAGGCAGUGAAGGAAUACGCCACGUACCGCUCGGGGCUGCUCUUCUGGGCCCUCGUGGAUCUCAUCUACAACAUGUUCAAGAAGGUGCCUACCAGUAACACAGAGGGAGGCUGGUCCUUCUCUCUGGCUGAGUUCAUCCGACACAACGACAUGCCAAUCCACGAGGCUGCAGACAAGGCCCUGAAAACCUUCCAGGAGGAAUUCAUGCCAGUGGAAACGUUUUCUGAGUUUUUGGAUGUGGCUGGACUCUUGGCAGAAAUCAAUGAUCCCGACAGCUUCCUCAAGGACCUCCUGAACUCCAUCCCCUGAGCUGCCAGCACAGAGAAGCUUUGGGCAGAGCCUCCACUGCUUGCCUUCCACCCCUCUGUGUCCCUCCUCGUGCAGUCUGUCCCUUUCCCAAGGAGUGCUGCAGUUUUUUGUUGGAAUAUUUUUUGUUUUGUUUUCCUUUUUUUUGUUUUUUAUUUUCUACAAUUUUUCUUCAUGGAGUGAUUUGAAAUUUAGAUUUGUUUUAUCUUGUGUUUCAGCGCUUCUAUCUGUAAAGCCUUGUGCAUUCAAGCUGUUUGAAAGAACUUGUACAGAGAGGAAUCCAAACCAGUAAAUCCUAAUGCUUUAGUGUGUACCUCUUUGAAGUUAAAUAAACAGAACAAAUGGGUAA